CAGGCGGCGCGGCAAGAUGGCGGCGCCCUGCGAGCAAUUGCAGUAGCACAGAAGGGGAUUCUUCCUAAGGAAUUCUUCCUAAUGGACAGCUGAGCACACCGGGCCUGCUGAGAUUCUGCAAGCUUGAGGCAGGCUGGGCUGGCACCAUGCAGGACAAGGCAGUUUUGGUGGAGUCCCUGCUGGUGUUCGGGGUGGUGCUGUCGGUGCACGCCGUGGUCUGGGACCGCUUCUCGUGGUGCGCCCUGGCCCUGGCCCUGCAGGCCUUCUAUGCCCAGUUCAAGUGGGACCGGCUGCUGCAGCAGGGAGGAGCCGUGUUCCAGUUCCGAGGGGCGGCCAACAGCGGCCUCCUGCCCGCCAGCAUGGUCAUCCCCCUGCUGGGGGUGGUGAUGAAGGAGAGGUGCAGGGCCGCCGGCAUCGUGUACUUCGAGCGCUUCGGCGUCGUGGUGGCCUCCACGGGAAUGCUGCUGGCGCUCUUCCUGUCCGUCCUGGCGGUGGGCAUCACCAAACCCGUGCCAACCAACACCUGCAUCCUGACUGGUGUUGCUGGCAGCGUCAUUAUCUACACCAUGAAACAUUCCUUGACUGUCUCAGAGGUGAUAGAGGUUCUGGAAGUGCUGCUCAUUUUUGUCUACCUCAGUAUGAUCUUGCUGUAUUUGUUGCCUCGGUGUUUCACUCCUGGGGAAGCGCUGCUGGUUCUUGGAGGUGUGAGUUUUGUUCUCAAUCAGCUCAUUAAACGCUCACUGAAUGUAGUUGAGGGCAGAGGGGAUCCCAUUGACUUCUUCCUCCUGGUAGCAGUUGUUGGAGUUGUUCUUCUGGGUCUUUUUUUCACUGUGCUCUUCACUUUCAUGGAUUCGGGCACGUGGAUCUCCUCCAUGUUUUUCCACAUGAUGACAGCAGUGUUAGGCUUGGGGGUCAUCAUGCCUUGGCUGUACCGACUGAUCCAGAGGAACCCUUUGUUCUGGCUGCUCCAGUUUCUGUUUCAGACACAGACAAGACUUUACCUCCUUGUGUAUUGGACUUGCUUGGCUGCCUCAGCGUGUGGGGUGGUUUUCUACCAGAACGCCAAGAGAUCAUCUGAAUCUAAAAAACACCAGGCCUCAACCAUAACCAGGAAAUAUUUCCACUUCAUUGUUGUAGCCACUUAUGUUCCUGGCCUCAUUUAUGACCGCCAGCUCCUCUACGUUGCUGCAGUGCUGUGUCUGGCAGUGUUUGUCUUCUUAGAGUACGUGCGGUACUUCAGGAUCAAACCUUUUGGACAAACCCUGAGGCAUUUGCUCUCUCUCUUCUUGGAUGAAAGAGACAGUGGACCUCUAAUCUUGACUCAUAUUUAUCUCCUCCUUGGCAUGUCCCUCCCAGUGUGGUUGUUUCCCAGAUCUUGUGCUCCUAAAGGCACUUUGCCUGGGGCAGGAGCGCUGGUCCCCUACUCUGGGGUGUUGGCAGUGGGGGUAGGAGACACCAUUGCCUCUGUUUUUGGCAGUACAAUGGGGGAAAUCAAAUGGCCAGGAACAAAGAAGACCUUUGAAGGGACAAUGACAGCUAUUUUUGCCCAGAUCAUUGCUGUGGCUCUCAUUCUGAUCUUUGACAGCAGCGUGAAUCUGAACUCCAGCUAUGCCUGGAUUCUGGCAUCUGUGAGUUUGGUUUCUCUUUUGGAAGCUUACACUACUCAGAUUGAUAAUCUGCUGUUGCCUCUCUACCUCCAGAUCAUGCUCAUGGCAUAGAAGCACUUCCAGGCAGAGUUUUCUCCCUUCCUAGAGAAAGGUACUAGAAAUGCACUUUAAUGGAAGCUCAAAGAUGAUGUUUUGGUACAGCAGAGAAAAUUGCUGACAACAGAAAUGAAAAAGACUUAUUUAAAAUAAAGGUUUUGAUUUAGUCUCGUUUUUACCCAUGGAAAAUAGACAGAUUUAUGUCCUAACAGCAACAAAUAUGAUCGAUAAAAACAGCACUUGUGUUUAAUAAUCUAGUUUAAGUUUCUUCUGGGUACCCAAGGGAAGCAGAGGAAGAAGAGGUAAGUCAAUUAGAGGACAAAAUAAACAAGCAGGUCUCUCUGAUGUUGCUACCUCUGUACUGUACCUUGUUUUCUGUACUGAGUCCUGAGUCUUGUGUUCGAUGUGUGAACUCUCAUUUCUGUAUAAGCAUGAUGUAAAGCAUGUUUGAUAACAAGGGGGGCACAGGAACCAGGCACAAGU